CUACUAAUAAGAACAAACUACUCCGUGGUACAUGCUUCCCACCUUUUUGCCUCGUCCUUCACAUUACUACUUCUUUCUCGUUCUUAAAAAGUUCCAUCGGAAAAUUGAAGUUUCAGAUCCAAUCUUCAAUUAAAAUCCCUUUUUUCCACACCUUCCCAUAAGUUGAUUCAUUCAAUCAUUCAAUUCAUCUUCAAUUCCUCAAUUAAUCUCCACCAUUUCUGCAUCUCAUCAAUUAAACCCCCCAUUAAAGAUCUUCAAUUGAAGAACUUAACAAUGGAAUACAACCCAAUUCCAGUUCCAUCAUUAAAAGCCAUAACAUUAACCCACGUUCGAUACCCGAGAGGCGAUAAAAUCGGCCAUUUCUUAGCUUGGAUUUCAUUAAUACCAGUUUUCAUUAGCCUUGGAGGUUUUGUAUCUCACUUCUUCUUCCGCCGUGAAUUACAAGCCAUGUUCUUUGCUCUUGGCCUUCUUAUUUCUCAAAUCAUUAGCGAAACCAUCAAAUCUUGUGUACGCCAAUCUCGACCAGAAACGUGCGCAUUGCUUGAAGUUUGUGAAUCCCAUGGCUGGCCUUCCAGCCAUUCUCAAUACAUGUUUUUUUUCGCCAUGUAUUUUACACUAACAAGUUAUCUUCAUCAAAAAUCGACGGGAAAAUACAUCGUGGAAAUUAUAUCUUGGUUUUUGGCUGUUCUGACUAUGUUUUCUAGAGUUUAUUUGGGGUACCAUUCAGUUGCACAAGUGUUUGCUGGUGCUAUAUUGGGGACUUUUCUUGGUGGAGUUUGGUUCUGGGUUGUUAAUCAUGUGUUGAUUCAAUAUUUUCCAAUGAUUGAAGAAAGUGCUUUUGGAAGGAUGUUUUAUAUCAAGGAUACUACUCAUAUUUGUAAUGUGUUGAAGUUUGAGUAUGAUAAUGCAAGAGCUGCCAGGAAAAAGGUUUCUGAUAAAACUAAUUGAUUGAUGGAUUGCUUGAUUAAAUCACAGUUGGUAAACUUCAAUUUCGGUUUCAUUUCAUAGCAGAGAGGGAUUCAUCAGGCUUUGAUUUGACUAUUUAGAAAGUUUGAAACUGGUUCCUGAUUGAAGGGAUCUUAAUCGAUCACCAAAGCGUACAAGUAUAUUAACUUAGUGUAAUAUACUCCAUUACAGAGACCUUUAGAAGUCAUAAUGGCAUACUUUUUUGAUGAAUGGAAUACAUAAAGGCGAUUAAUAUAAUUACCAAAAUGUUAUAUUUAUGAAGCCUCCUUGUAUAUUAUAAUUGUUUGAGCUAGAAGUCUGCUCAUAUUAGUGGCUAAGAUUCAAACACGAGAUGUUUCUUUGUAUUGACUUUUAAAAUUGUUCAUGUCUAAUACUGGACACAACUAAGGAGCACCAAGCAAGUUAAAGGA